CAGGCAGACGACGGCCACAAAUCGGUUUGUCGACGUGAGAGGGUGUGUGUGUGCCGUUUAAAAUAUAUAAAUUUAUAUCUCUAUAGUACAUACAUAUUUGCGUAUAUAUGUAUGUAAAUCUGUGCUAAAUACAUAUACAAGCGUUAAACGCGUCUUAUUACGUUUGAUAUUCUUACUUUCGUUGCGUUGAAAAUGAAAUUCCAAAAAAAAAUUGUUUAAGUAAAAUUUAAAAAAAUUCUCAAACGCUCCAAUUCGUAAGCGUUAGUGAGUGUCUUUGUUGUUGUUGCAUAAAUUUGUAUUUAUUUUUCGUGCAGCAAAACAGUGUUCACACUCAAAACAGCUACUCGCCAACACACUUAGCCAACAACAACAAUUGCAAGCGUUGUGCUUAAGUAGAAGUGCAAAAAUUCAAAAAAAAAAAAAAUAAAUAAAAUAUUAAUUAAUAAUAUUGCAGCACGAUCGAGUCAUCACGACACAGAGACAAAAACAACAGCAAAAAUACAACGAAACAAGCUACUUGCACAACAACAACAGCAAAUAACAAAAGCGUCUGUAGCUGCUGUUUUUCCUGCUCUGCUGUCAGCAGCUCACACUCACUUUUGGUUUGACUGUUGCAAAAUUUCAAAAAAUUAAAAAAAAAAUAUAAAAAAUACAAAAAGCAACAACAAUCAAAAAUGUUGUUUUGAAUUUUAAAUUUGUAAAAAAAAUCACUGCAGCUGCGGAGGAAGGCGUGUGUGCAAUCCGCAGCAUUCGAAAGCUGUAGCUGCAUUUGUUUCGAAACAACAACAAACGUAGGAAUAAAUGUGCAAAAAAACUGAGAAAAAGUUUCAAAAGCCAGUGGCAUUUCAGAAUUUUUAAUUGAGCUUCAAACAAAUUGUGACAAAAAAAUCUGUUGAAAAAUAUUUAUUUUUCUCUUUCACUGAAAAGUGUAGAAUUGUGUGUGUGAUUUUAUUGGAGACUGCUGUUGUUUUAAUGCAAAAUGUAGAUGGAUUAAUAUGAGAACAGAUUUCAAACACACUGAACUCCUUCCAUGGCAAAUAAAGUGAAAUUUUAUGCUUAUAAUUGAGAACAACUCGCGCGAAGAACCAAAAAUUGAAAAAAAUAUAUAUUUGAUUUAAAAAAUAAAAUUUUUUAAUUUACAAAUAACAAAUCUAAAAAGAAAACAACGAGAAAGAGACUCAGAAACAACAGUUGCUUGUAAAAAUUACACACAGUUUCACUUUCCGUUGACGCUGUUGUAAUAAUAAAAAAAAACCAACAACACUAAUCGCCACAAAAGUGAAGUGCGAAGUGCGAAAUUCAACGCCAACUGUGAACAUAACCACAUACACACACACAUAAACGCGUGCAAAGAAAAACAUUUUCUAAAUCGUAAAUUUUCCAUUUUUCUUCGGUGAAUUUUCGUCGUUCCGCUGGAAAAUCGCGCGUGACGCGUCGUCCUCUAUAACGUCUUCUUCUGUGUUACUAACUACUUGCCGCCACUUCGCCUUCAACUGCCAAUUUGCCACAAAAAACACACAAACAAAAACAAAAACUUACCAACCGCUUGCCGCUCACUGACUACUUCGGUGUGCGAACUCAACUCAAUUUGCAGAGACUUUUGCGCGCAGGCCUUCAGACCUCAGACUGUGUUAUUCUUUAGAAAUUAUUCAUACAAAAUGUCACACAACAUUAGAAUGUUAUUGGCGAUCAUCGCGUCAAUUGUCACAAUAUGCUCAUCACUGCCAGAUUAUCACAAACAAAUGUCCCCCACACAACUGCAAUCGGUAUUCCAUGUUGACGAUGUGAAUGCCGUGCCGCACUAUGAAGUCGUGCAGCUGCUGCAUAACAGUUUCGACGACGGCUUGGCGUCACUGCCCGAACAUUAUCGUCGUCGUCGGCGACGCAGCAUCAAUAGUGUCGAUGGCGAUCGACCGACCAUUAAGGAGCCACAUCAUGUGAAGAAGGAUUUGAGUAAAAAUCCGUAUUAUAGCGAAUUGAAAGCGGCCGCAAAUACGCCCGGUGCUGGUGGUGUGAAUAGUCUACAGCAAGCGGCGAAUGGUAAAUACGCUGGUGAUUUACGCGAUUUAAAAGAGCACAAAGUUUCGUUUAAUGCUUUCGGUGAGAAUUUGAAUUUAACGCUGAAGCGUACGGACAGCCUGUUCAAGGGCGGUUCACCGCAUACGCUGCGUAUGUGGAACGUGCGUGAUGAGGCGAAUGCGACGCAUGGUUUGGAUUUGCAGGAGGUUUUCGAUGAGGAUACUCAAUCCAGCGAACAAAUUGGUGAAGUCUAUCAAGACGAAGCCAAUAUGGCGGCCAUUUUAAUGCGACGUCAUUUGGAGACUGGUGAUUUGAUAAUGGAGGGCAGCAUUGGUCAUGAGAUGGUGAUAAAACCGCUGCCACAUGAGCUGAGCCCCAAUCCAGAUGCCGCACAUCACGUUGUCUAUAAGCGUGAGGCACAACCGCUAGAGCAUUUGAGCGACUUUGCUUUCAUGGAACCCGAUGAUUUGGCUACCAGCGAGAAGUUGGAACGUUUACAACAACAUCGUCAACGACGCGCUGCGCCAGCCGAUGAUGACGAUGAGGCAGCAUUAGAGGAAGUCGAUGGUGAAUUGGAUUCAGCGGAAGCGCGGUUUUCACGUAACAGACGUCAAUUGCCCUAUAUUAUCUAUCCUGAGGUGUUGGUGAUCAUCGAUUAUGAUGGUUAUCGGUUACAUGGCGGUGACAAUGCGCAAGUGAAGCGUUACUUUGUUUCGUUCUGGAAUGGCGUUGAUUUGCGCUAUCGUUUGCUGAAAGGUCCAAGAAUACGCAUCAGUAUUGCUGGCAUCAUUAUUUCGAGGGGAAGAGAUGCAACACCAUACCUGGAAAGGAAUCGUGUCGGACGAGAUGCCAUCGAUUCGGCAGCUGCCUUAACCGAUAUGGGUAAAUAUUUAUUCCGUGAGCGCCGUUUGCCCGUCUACGAUAUUGCUGUGGCGAUAACCAAACUUGAUAUGUGCAGACGUACAUCAGCUUAUGGUGAAUGUAAUCGUGGUACAGCAGGUUUUGCGUAUGUUGGCGGUGCCUGCGUUGUGAACAAGCGUUUGGAAAAAGUCAACAGUGUUGCCAUCAUUGAGGAUACUGGCGGUUUCAGCGGUAUCAUUGUGGCUGCCCAUGAAGUUGGACACUUGCUCGGCGCCGUGCACGACGGUUCACCACCACCCAGCUACCUCGGCGGUCCGGGUGCGCAACGCUGCCGCUGGGAGGACGGCUAUAUAAUGUCCGAUUUAAGACACACCGAACGCGGUUUCCGGUGGUCACCAUGCACCAUACAGAGUUUCCAUCACUUCUUGAACGGCGACACCGCCACCUGCUUGCACAAUGCACCGCAUGAGGAUAGCGCGCUGGGCCGCGCUUUGCCCGGUACACUGCUCUCGCUGGACGCGCAGUGUCGUCGCGAUCGUGGCACGUACGCCUGCUUCAAGGAUGAGCGCGUCUGCGCGCAGCUGUUCUGUUUCGAUGCGCAGACGGGCUACUGUGUGGCAUAUCGACCGGCCGCAGAGGGUUCGACAUGCGGCAGUGGGCUGACAUGUCUGGACGGUCGGUGUACACCACUCACUUCCAAUGUCAUACCAGCUUAUCGUUCUUACAAUGACAACAACAAUAGCGCCGAGAAUACUAGUAGUGAGGAAGAAGAUGAUGAAGAGGAGGAUACCGGUGAGAAUAUAAGUAGUGAAGAAGAACAGGAUGCCUUGGCUAAGAAUAAUGCGGUGGAAAAGACCUCACGCGUUAUUGACGACACUUCCGAUCCAAAUCGUGUUACAACAAAAACAAUAACCACUAGCAAUACGAAUACACCGACAGAAACCAACUCACGCACCACAAUCACCUUGGAAACACACUCUAAACACCGUCACAACAACAAUAACAACAACAUCAACGAACAACAACGGCAAGUGCAACAGGGUACUUUAGAAUUUUUAGCCAGGUUUUUAGCACAGAAUCCACAAUGGCAACAGCUGUUGGGACAAGCGGCACAAGUGAAUGCGCUGUCCGGUGCGGCAACAAAUGAAGCCGAUGUAGCAGCGAAAGAAACGCCGCCGCAUAUAAAGGCGGAAGUGGUAGAUAAAGUGGCGUCCGAGCAAACGCAGCACGCAGAGUUGCCGCCGGGCGCAGUUGUGGUGCAGACUAGCGUGAGCAGUAGCACGAGUAGUAGUAGUGGAAGUAGUUUAGGGAGUAGUUAUUUUAGGAGUAGUAGUAGUGAUAGUAGCGCGGAGCAACAGGAAAGAUAUGAGAACAAUGUUGAGAGGGUUAAAGCUGAAAUUAUGCACUUAAAGACCAAUCAAAAGACGCUUGAAAAUCAGAAAAUAGUUGUUGAGGAUACUGCAACAUUGAAAAUUGCUAAAAAUAUUGAACGUAAUAUUGAUAAUAAUAAUGAAAGCAAAGUACGUCCACUAGCGAACGCAAAUGAGCUGCUAACACAAUCCAAAUCACAACCAAUAAUCCAAACACAACCACAACACCCACACACAACAACAAUAUUGGCCACUAAAUUAACACAAAUUCAACAACGUAAAGCAACAACAACAACAACACCAACAUCGACAACCGCACAACCUAACCUCUUUCAAAUUUACACGCAUGAAUUACGCAAACAAUUACAAUAUUAUUUAGGUUUUUUGCGAGCGCACAGUGGCGAUAGCGUCAGCGCUGGCGACAGUAGUAGUAGUAAUCGUAAACGUACAGCAACCGUUUUAAAGCAUACCGUUACAAACAACACAAAUCAUUCAAAUUAUAGCAAUACAUUGAGUGCGGCGGCCAAAUUGCAACAACAGACAGCGUUCAAUCACAACAACAACAACAAUGAAGAUGACAUAGAAGACAACGAGGACAAUUUGAAUGACAGUCAGGCGGACGUGGAUGACGACGCGAGCAAUGAGGCAAUUGAUGAUAAACAACAGAAACGUAAGUUUAAUACAGCAACAACAAUAAGCGUGAAUGCACAACAACAACACACACAACGCGCACAACAAGCGUCGCCACCGUCAGCGCCAACGCGCAGCAGCAUUAGCAGCAGCAGCAGCAAUGGAGGCGGAGCUGUAAUCAAUAAUAACAACAGUAAUAAUAAUAAAGCGUUGCAACGUCCGGCGACAUUUAUUGAUGCGUAUUUGAAGAAAUUGCAAGCGCUUAAUGCGCCAACAGAUACAACGGCCACACUGACGGCCACAACCACGAGCACUACAAUGUCGACAUCGAGUGUGGUGGGUAGUGGCGGUGUCGGCAAAGCAGUACGUGUAGCCGUUACGCCUGAAAAUGAACCGGUGGUGAAACGUGCGCCGGCGGAAACAUUCGGCAGUCAAUUCCUUAAACGUACGCAAAAUUCAUUGAAUAGUAGAGGUAGUAGUAGUAGUGGUGUUGAUGGUAGUGUUGGUAAUAGUAGCGAUAGUAAUAACAACAGCAACAACAACAACAAUCAAAAUCGAAAUCACAAAAAACUUACACGCAUUUCAAGUCACAAUACUGCUGUGGCCAACAGUCGUACAUCAUAUGAUGAUGAUGAUGAUGCACAAGUUGUUGUGAGCGAUGUGACGACACACAUGGCGACAACAACGCAACAACCAGCAUAUGUGACAAAUUAUUUAGGUGAUAAUACGAAUAAUUUGCCAAGAUUGCUUGAACAGCAACAACAACAAGAACAACAGUCAUCCUCAACAACAACAACAACAACAUCCUCUCAACAACAAACAACACAACAAAAAGAACAUAAAGUCAGAACACAAAAACUAAUACGUCGUCAAUUGUUGCGUACGCAAAUCAAAUGAAGAUGACAUACAUAAUGUUUGUGCGUAAAUGACGCAAGUGACGUAACAUUGUUCUGCUAUAAAGCACAAUAUUUAGUUUCUAGUUCUAUUUAUAUAUUUAGCAUUUAAAACGUCAAAAAGGAUUACAUUUCUUACUCACUUUAUGCGCGUUGCAUUGCGCAAAAACACGCACACACACUACUAUACGCCACUACACACAGCGUUAGCAAAACAGUACAGUUCUCAACUUGUCAGAUACUCACUGACAAUCAGCUGCUUAUUUUCGAAUUUUUUGUCAGUUAGCACAAAAGCUAAUGUUUUUAGUACGUCAAAAGCCACGAAAAAUGUACCAGUUAUGCUGCUUGUUUAGCGUUUACGCUGCCUAAGCGUUUUGCACUAAAUCAACAACGCUCACAUGAAACUCGCACACGCUUCACUCGCUCAAAAGCAUUGCAAAUAACUACACUGUUACUGUCGACUUCCGUUACAAAUCUACAAAAUGGCGUGGUUAACUGGAAGGCGUUUCCCUUUCGUAAAGAUUAGUUCCGUUGCUGACUGAGUAGACGCAGCUACGCGUUUUAUUUGUUAAAUAUUUUACAACUGAAGAGCCUUUAAUUUGAGUAAAUACAAAUAUGCAGCGUAUACUACAAACAACAACAAAUUCUGGCAGCGACAGCAGCGGUAACACAUAAACGAGCAUCUCAACACAACCACAACAAUUAACAGCCGUAUAUUAUUGUCGAUAUAAACACAUAUUUAGCAAAUGAAUUACGUACUAGUAUAUUUAAAUUAGACAGCUUGCAAAAACAUAAAAAGAACAACUCAUUGCCAUUUUCAAAUUCUACAAACAAAUAUUUGCAUAAUCACAUUUACAUUUUUUUGAAAGAAUAUAGUUGCAAUUAAUGCAUGAAAUUUGUUAAAGCAGUUAAAACUUAAAUUAAAUGAGAAAAAACGCAUGAAUUCAUACAGCGCCACACAUACAUGCAUAAGCAAUUACAUCAAAACAAAAUCGUUUUCAUUUUUCAGCCAACACAUAUCCAUAUACUACCCAAAUAUGUACUUAAGCAUGUAAUUAUGUAUGAGCAGUAACAUUUGCAAUGUUAAAGUAGAAAUUAAAAGCAUCCUUCAAACAUACACACACACACUUGAGUGCAUCCAUAUUUAAAUAUUACAUACGUACUUUAAAAACAAGCAUAGUUAGAAUUUAUUGUUUUGUUUUAGGUUUUAAUUAUUAAUAAAACAUCUAUAUAUAUAUUUGUAAAUUAAAGCAUAAUUCUAUUUAAUUUAAUUGUAUUUUUUAAAUAAAUUUUAUGUUUUUUUGUUUGUUUAUUUGUUAAAAGCUGUAUAAGCGUGAAUAAAUGUAGAUACAUAUAUAUGUAAAAAAAGAAAAGAAAAUUAAUUAAUUUAAAUUAUAUAUAUUUGAAUAAAUGGUUUUGCGCAUAAACUAAUAACUCAUAUUUUGUAAAAUUCAUUAUAUAUUGUUAGUUGCAAGCAGACGCCUUCGCAUAUGAGAAGAAAAAGCUAUUAACAAAAUUUCAUUAGUACCUACAGCUUAUAACACACAUACAUACACACAUACAAUUCAUUGACAUAUUGUUUAAUUGUAAAGUUUUAUUGUAUCGUAGACUCAUAUUAAACAAAUACACUAAGUGAAUAUUUAAUAAGUCUAAUUUACUGUGUAUGUGUUAUGUCAUUUGACAUUGUAGGUAGCAAGGCGUGGUGAGGAUAUAUAUGUUACAUUCAUACAUAUAUAUAGCUAAAUAUAUUAAUUAAAAUAAAAUUAUAGUUAAAUGCGAAAGAAUGUGAAAAUCAUAAAUUUAGAGUUUGUAAAAAUUAAAACUUUGUUGAAAAUAAAAUUUGCUUAUUGAUACAUCUGUA